AUGUGGGUGAGCGAGCAGCCGCCUGAGAACUAUGCUAAACUGGAGGGCAACUUCGACGAUAUGAAUGCAAGGAUGCAAACCCAGGCGUUGAAGAUUGUACGAAUGAGUCGAAGCGUGUUGCGUUUCCUCGAAAACCCAGAGGAUAUAGUGACUAUGCAGCCAUUGGAGAUCUUCUGGAAGAGUUUGAACAGAAGGCAAGUCACCUUGAACUUGGUGAAAGUCAUUGAUGAGCUCUACAAGGCCAAACGGCUGGUAGCGCUGUCAGUCUGGGACCACAGGACUCGUGAACAUAUGUUUGACGAUCAUCACUUUCAUUCCAUCACUUCGUUUUCCAAGGAGAUGGAUGAAUUGCAGACAACAAUUUUGAGAAAGGUUGACGAGCUGGACAAGCUGUUGGACUCCGGACGACUGUCGUCUGUUCGCAAUCAUGUGCUGGAGGCAGCAGUGGGGGUAGGCAACGAUACCAGUGCCAUCGACUCCCUUUGCAUUUGCAAGACGCUUGCUUCACAGCAGAAGAACUUUACAUGUGAACAGGAUGAGCAAGGGAAGGAGGAGUUGAAACUUCGAAGAAGCUCCAAUGUCAACAGUUCCAAGACAGAAAGAGCGCCAGUAGCUGAGGGGCCUUUGGAAGACUCCGAAGAUGACACGUGA